AUGCAAAAUUCGUCCAGAAUAAAAUCGGUGUCGGCCACUUCAAUGAUGGGAAAAAAAUCAUCAACCACUAUGGCACAGAAGCCGACAUCAUCUUCGACGAAUUCUCGGAAAAGCAGGGAUGGGAAAAUAUCUCCUUAUGACAGCAAUCAACAAAAACAAUUAAGUCAUUCAAGAAAGUUCAAUAGAGGUCAUUCAUCUCCAACAUUUUCAUCACAAAAAACGAAAAAUCAAAAUGAAUUAUAUUCACGAUCUUCGACACCACAAAACAAACGACCGAGUAAUCAAGAAUCUCUCUCCAGAGAUGAUCAUGAAAUAGAUGAAAAAGGCUUGAAUGGAGAAAAAUCAAUGACAAUUACCUUGUUGACAAGUUUUAUUUCUGAGGGAGAAAAGUGUAUGAAAAAUCGAAACUGGGAGAGAGGAAUUGUCUCGUUCACGAAAGCUCUGGAGUACGACCCUUCCAAUAAGUAUUCUUUAAUUUGUCGUUCAAAAUGUCAUAUGAAUUUGGGAGCUUUUGACAAAGGUAUUGAAGAUGCAGAACAAGCAUUAGAAAUUGAUCCAACAUACCAUCGAGCGUAUUUAGCCAAAGCUGAGUGUUUAUACGCAUCAGGAAAAUUUGAAUAUGCACUUGUUUACUAUUACAAAGGAUAUGAUUUGAGGAAAGAUAUAGAGGAUUUUAAGAAAGGAAUUCGAAAAGCAAAAAUUGCCAUCAAUGAAUCCAUUGAACAAGACGAAAUUGAUAGAAACAUCAGAAACAUGAAGCAACCACUUUCUUGCAGAGUAAGCACUGCGAGAACAUUUCUCUCAAGUCGACCUUCGUCUGCAAAAUCUACAACAAAGCCCGUCACAGACACAACAAAUCGAACCGCCAACAAAUCGAACACUCAGUCUAUCAUCAUUCCUUCCACAAGACGAGUUGUAUCACCAAGACAGGUCUUUCAAGGAAGUGACUCGAUUGUUUCUCCUCUGUCAAGCUCUAUAGUCUCUCGGCCGUCCUCUGCAAGACACAUUUCUUCUCAGCCAAAUACCUGUAGAACUGGAUCCUUCUGUAGACCAAAGUCAGCUGGUCCCACACGAAACGUAUCCUCUCCACCCUUAACGACUCCCACCAAUUCCCAAACUAAUGUCUCCUCAAAACGGCAGCCCUCUUCCUCCAACUCCACACAAACAAGCAACAAAGAGCCCAAACAAACAAACAAUUUAAACACAAGCGGAAGCCUUACUUCGCGAUCUACCUAUUCCUUCUCAAGGCCUCCCUCCUCGUCACGACCAAAAAGCGCAACAACAACCAGAAAAGAAAAAUAUUUGUUAGGAGAAUUUACCAAAGACGAAGAGUAUCUCAAUUCUUUACUCACGGAUAAGACUUUAAGAAAAUCCAUGUCUGGAGAUCCUUCUAAAAAACCACUUUCAGACAUUACCAACAUUGUUGAGGACACAUUAGAAUUUUUAGAUAAAAGGAAAGAAUUUUGGAGGCACUCCAUCACGACAGGAUCAACUACCUCGGCCAUUCACGUCACACCGACCACUCCAACACCUGUACAUGCAAGUUUAUUCAAUCCUUUCCGAAAAGACUUUUUCCACAAUACUUCAACUUUGUCACCUUGCACAAGACCCAAAUCAGCAAGUGCUGUAAUGUCUCGCAAAGGAAGCUCGAACCACAACCCGGCCCUUCUUUCAACUGCCAACAAGUACUCACUGUUUGUGUAA